AUGGCGACCGCCGCUUCGUCGAGCAGGGUGGCCGCGGUGGCGGAGCACGACGACAAGAACGAGCCGGCGAGGCCCCUGGCCAUCCCUCACCCGUACGCCCACCCGGCCGCCAGCGACGUGGACGAGGCGGCGCAGACGGCGACGGGGUGGCGCUCCGUGCAGUACCUCCGGAAGAGGCGCCGCUGCCUGCUCUGCUGCGGCGGCUGCUGCGUGGCCACCGCGGUCAUCGUCGGCAUCCUCAUCCUCGCGCUCUCGCUCACCGUGUUCAAGGUCAAGGACCCGCGCCUCACCAUGAACGGCGUCUCCCUCGCCGCCCUCAGGUCCGGCCCCGGCACGGGGCUCGCCGACCCCGUCGCCACCAACGCCACGCUCACCGCCGACGUCUCGAUCGAGAACGACAACAUCGCGUCGUUCCGGUUCUCCCCGAGCGCCACGGAGGUGUACCUCGACGGGCGGACGGUGAGCGUGGCGUACGUGCCCGGCGGCCGCGUCGGCGCCCACGGGAGCGUGCGCAUGAACGUGACGGUGGACAUCCUCGCCGACCGGCUGUCGCAGGCGGUCAACGCCACCGGCCUGCUGCUCGGCCAGCAGUACAACCUGACGACGCACACGGAGAUGGGCGGCACGGUGAAGGUGCUGGGGAUCUACAAGAAGGAUCUCGAGAUAAGGAUGAACUGCUCCAUCACCGUGGAGGUAGGGGGCUUCGCCGGCGUGCUCGUGUCCGGGGCCCCGGCCGGCGUGCACACCAACGGCGUGAACUGUGUCGCACAUGUGAGCUGA